AGGAGGCGUUUGGCGCGGUUGACAGAGGGCUAGCUGCUGACAGCAGAGAGAGAGAUUCCCAGAUCAGGUCUUUGUACCGCAGUGUCUGAUAUUUCCUCUUGGAGAAACAACCAAGAGUGUUUUAAGGUUUUAGUAGACAGCAAAAAGAGGAAGUAGCUUCUGGUGAAGUUAAUUAUUCUUUACCUUUAAAGUUUGCCCCACGCAGGCAGACGGGAUAACAUUAAAUAUGCCUCCCAUCGAAAAUGACACCGGAAAGAAUGAGCUGAAAUCUCGGAUACAGCAGCUUAUUGACUCCAAUCAAGUGAUUGUUUUCAGCAAAAGUUACUGUCCGUACUGCAUUAAGGUGAAAGACUUGUUCAAAGAGCUGCAAGUCGACUGCAAUGUGGUGGAGCUGGAUCUCAUGGAGAAUGGAACGAACUACCAGGAGAUGCUGCUGGAGAUGACCGGGCAGAAAACGGUUCCCAGUGUCUUCAUCAACAAGACGCAUGUUGGCGGCUGUGACAAAACAAUGCAGGCUCAUAAAGAUGGAAGCCUGCAGCAGCUGCUUAGCGGAGAAAACGAGGCCUACGACUACGACCUGAUUGUCAUCGGAGGGGGGUCUGGAGGCCUGGCUUGCUCAAAGGAAGCGUCUCAGUUGGGGAAGAAGGUCAUGGUGUUGGAUUACGUUGUGCCAACACCGAAAGGAACCACCUGGGGUCUGGGUGGGACCUGCGUUAACGUGGGCUGUAUUCCAAAGAAGCUGAUGCACCAGACGGCUCUGCUGGGAACGGCCAUGCAGGAUGCUCGCAAGUUCGGCUGGGAGUUCGACGAAUCGGUGAAACACAACUGGGAGACGAUGAAGACGGCGGUGAACAACUACAUCGGCUCUCUGAACUGGGGCUACCGGGUUGACCUGAGGGACAAAAACGUCAACUAUGUCAACGCCUACGCAGAAUUCAUCGAACCACACAAAAUCAAGGCGACAACCAAACGAGGAAAGGAGACGUUUUACACGGCAGCCAAGUUUGUCUUGGCCACAGGCGAGAGGCCGCGUUACCUCGGCAUACCCGGAGACAAAGAGUACUGCAUCACCAGCGAUGACCUCUUCUCGCUGCCUUACUGUCCGGGAAAGACCCUGGUCAUCGGGGCGUCCUACGUGGCUCUGGAGUGCGGUGGCUUCCUGGCCGGCCUCGGCCUGGACGUCACCAUCAUGGUCCGCUCCAUCCUGCUGAGGGGAUUCGACCAGGACAUGGCCAACCGUGCUGGAGACCACAUGGAGGAGCACGGUGUCAAGUUCCUCCGCAAAUACGUCCCCACAAAGAUAGAGGAGCUGGAAGCGGGUGCUCCCGGCAGGCUCAAAGUGACGGCAAAGUCGACGGAGACCAGUGAGGUCAUCGAGGGCGAGUACAACACUGUGUUGAUAGCGGUGGGUCGGGACGCAUGCACAGACAAGAUCGGUCUGGACAAGGCGGGGGUCAAAGUAAACCCCAAGAAUGGAAAAAUCCCAGUGAACGACGAGGAGCAAACCAACGUGCCUCACAUCUACGCCAUCGGAGACAUUCUGGAAGGCAAGUGGGAGCUGACGCCCGUAGCCAUCCAAGCCGGCAGGUUACUGGCACGCCGCCUCUACAAGGGGUCAACGCUCAAGUGCGACUACAUCAACGUUCCCACCACCGUUUUCACCCCGCUGGAGUACGGCUCCUGCGGCCUGUCGGAGGACAAAGCCACCGAGCUCUACGGAGAGGAGAACAUCGAGGUGUAUCACAGUCUGUUCUGGCCUCUGGAGUUCACUGUUCCCAGCAGAGACAACAACAGAUGCUACGCCAAGAUCAUCUGCAAUAAACUCGACGAUGAUCGAGUCAUCGGGUUUCACUACCUGGGUCCAAAUGCGGGAGAGGUGACGCAAGGCUUCGGUGUCGCCAUGAAAUGUGGCGUCACCAAGGAGCAGCUGGACGGGACCAUCGGCAUCCACCCGACCUGUGCUGAGAUCUUCACCACCAUGGAGGUAACGAAGAGGUCUGGCAGGGACGUCACCCAGGGGGGCUGCUGAGGUUAAACCCUGCUCGUUUAGUGCGCUGCUCUCAUGUUUAAACUCCAGUAGCAACACCUUUUUCUUCUUGGCUCCCCGUCACCCUUAAAGCGCGGCCUCAUUUCAAGCCGUUUCUCAGGACAAAGCGAACACCGCGGCCAGCGUGGGAGCCGGUGAUGCAGAUCGUUCCGGCUCCCGGGGAGCUGAGAGGUGGCUGAAAGAAGCCGGAGCUGAGGAUGAGCUCUGGCUGACGGAGUUUGAUGUGAGGGCAGCCUGCUGGACAGCGGGGUUACUCCGACACACCUGCUGAGCUUCACCGCCAUGUUUUCUCCUAGAGGAGCACCACCACACAUCACCAGUGUGUUCUGGGCUGUUUUUGACGUCCUGGCCUGUAACCUGAACGAGUAAGGUGGGCAAGGAUCGAUGUCCCUCUGCGGAGACGCCUGCUGGUGGCCCAAAUUUCGUCCACACCCCCCAAACGUCAUGCAGUUAUUUACAUUCACCCUUCUAGUUUUUAUAUGGAGGGUUCAGAGACUGAAAUGGACAUAUUUAAAUGGCGCACAGUUGUGUUUUUUGAGCGGAUGCACGGCUCUGGAUCAUUCCACAUGUUCUCUUACCUGGUCUGCAAGUUGAGCUUCAGAUGUUUGCUUGUUGCCGUCAGCCUGUUUUCUGCCGGUAAGAGACGACGAUCUCUGCAGAGCCUGCGAACGUUCAAAGCUUUGGUUUGCUGUUUUACAACACUUUGAAACAAGUGAUUGGAAAAUUCAACCUGACUUGUUUGGGCUGUUUUUACAUAAUUUAAUGCUUGUUUGUUGCAGCUUAUCGUCUGUCUCUGCUCAUGUAAAUAAAGACAUUCAGUCUUCUAGGAGACAUGCUUCUGAUUACUUUGGUCAUCUAUAAAUGACGUGUUUGUCUCAAACCACUGAUGUGUACUUCAGCUUAAUAAAGUAUGGAUUCUCCUUCA